AUGAGGAGGCGGCUGCGCCUACGCAGGGACGCGUCGCUCACGCUGCUCCUUGGCGCCUCCCUGGGCCUCCUACUCUAUGCGCAGCGCGACAGCGCGGCCCCGACGACGAGCGCGCCGCGAGCGCGAGGGCGGGCGGCACCGAGGCCCACCCCCGGAGCCCGCGCGUUCCAGUUACCCGACGCGGGUGCAGCCCCGCCGGCCUACGAAGGGGAGACACCGGCGCCGCCCACGCCUACAGGACCCUUUGACUUCGCCCGCUAUUUGCGCGCCAAGGACCAGCGGCGGUUUCCACUGCUCAUUAACCAGCCGCACAAGUGCCGCGGCGACGGCGCACCCGGUGGCCGCCCGGACCUGCUUAUUGCUGUCAAGUCGGUGGCAGAGGACUUCGAGCGGCGCCAAGCCGUGCGCCAGACGUGGGGCGCGGAGGGUCGCGUGCAGGGGGCGCUGGUGCGCCGCGUGUUCCUCCUGGGCGUGCCCAGGGGCGCAGGCUCGGGCGGGGCCGACGAAGUUGGGGAGGGCGCGCGAACCCACUGGCGUGCUCUGCUGCGGGCCGAGAGCCUUGCGUAUGCGGACAUCCUGCUCUGGGCCUUCGACGACACCUUUUUUAACCUAACGCUCAAGGAGAUCCACUUUCUAGCCUGGGCCUCAGCUUUCUGCCCCGACGUGCGCUUCGUGUUUAAGGGCGACGCAGAUGUGUUCGUGAACGUGGGGAAUCUCCUGGAAUUCCUGGCACCGCGGGAUCCAGCGCAAGACCUGCUUGCUGGUGACGUAAUUGUGCAGGCGCGGCCCAUCCGCACGCGGGCUAGCAAGUACUACAUCCCCGAGGCCGUGUACGGCCUCCCCGCCUAUCCGGCCUACGCGGGCGGCGGUGGCUUUGUGCUUUCCGGGGCCACGCUGCACCGCCUGGCUGGCGCCUGUGCGCAGGUCGAGCUCUUCCCCAUCGACGACGUCUUUCUGGGCAUGUGUCUGCAGCGCCUGCGGCUCACGCCCGAGCCUCACCCUGCUUUCCGCACCUUUGGCAUCCCCCAGCCUUCAACCGCGCCGCAUCUGAGCACCUUCGACCCCUGCUUUUACCGCGAGCUGGUUGUAGUCCACGGGCUCUCGGCUUCUGACAUCUGGCUUAUGUGGCGCCUGCUGCACGGGCCGCACGGGCCAGCCUGUGCGCAUCCACAGCCUGUCGCUGCAGGCCCCUUCCAAUGGGACUCCUAGCUCCCCACUACAGCCCCAAGCUCCUAACUCACACCCAGGAUGGAGCCUGUUUCCCAGAUUAUUGCCGUGUAUGUGGUUCUCCCCUGAUCACCAGGUGCCUGUCUCCACAGGAUCCCAGGGGAUGGGGGGUUAAGCUUGGCUCCUGGUGGUCCACCCUGCUGGAACCAGUUGAAACCCGUGUAAUGGUGACCCUCUGAGCGAGCCAAGGCUGGGUGGUAAAUGACCAUCUCUUGUCUAGCAGGUCCCAGAGCAGUGGAUAUGUCUGGUCCUCCUAGUAGCACAGAGGUGUGUUCUGGUGGGGUGGCAGGGACUCAUGGAAUCCUACCACACUGCUGGAUUUGGAACUCCUAGGCUGAGGCGGACGCAUGCAGAGGCUCUCAAGGCCAGGCCCCACAGGGAGGUGGAGGGGCUCCAGCCGCCACAGCCUGAAUUCAUGAACCUGGCAGGCACUCUGCCACAGCUCAUCUGAAAACAGACAUUAUGCUUCCCACAACCUCUCCUGGGCCCAGGUGUGGCCGAGCACCAGGGAUGGAGCCACACAUAAGGGACAAAUGAGUGCACGAUCCUACCUAGUCUCUCCCCACCUCCUGAACUCACACAACAAUGCCAGUCUCCCACUGGAGGCUGUAUCCCCUCAGAGGAGCCAAGGAAUGUCUUCCCCUGAGAUGCCACCAGUGUUAAUUUCCCCAUAUGCUUCAACCACUCCCUUGCUCAAAAAACCAAUACCCACACUUACCUUGGUACAAACAUCCCAGCAACAGCACAUGGCAGGCCAUUGCUGAGGGCACAGGUGCUUUAUUGGAGAGGGGAUGUGGGCAGGGGAUAAGGAAGGUUCCCCCAUUCCAGGAGGAUGGGAACAGUCCUGGCUGCCCCUGACAGUGGGGAUAUGCAAGGGGCUCUGGCCAGGCCACAGUCCAAAUGGGAAGACACCAGUCAGUCACAAAAGUCAUGGGAGCGCCACACAAACCUGGCUAUAAGGCCCAGGAACCAUAUAGGAGCCUGAGACAGGUCCCCUGCACAUUCAUCAUUAAACUAUACAGGAUGAGGCUGUACAUGAGUUAAUUACAAAAGAGUCAUAUUUACAAAAAUCUGUACACACAUUUGAAAAACUCACAAAAUUGUCAUCUAUGUAUCACAAGUUGCUAGACCAAAAUAUUAAAAAUGGGAUAAAAUUA